CAGCCAUACAAGAUGCGUCCAGGUGUCCUGGCUGCCUUCUUCUUCCUGAGCUGGGCUCACUGUCGGUCCCUGCCCCUUCCCAGUGGGGAUGAUGACAGUGACUUGUCUGAGGAAGAUCUCCAGUUUGCAGAGCACUACCUGAAAUCAUACUACCAUCCUCGGAAUCUUGCGGGAAUCCUGAAGAAGUCGGCUGCCGGUUCCAUGGUGGAGAGGCUCCGAGAAAUGCAGUCAUUCUUUGGGUUGGAGGUGACAGGCCAGCUUGAUGAUAAUACCUUAGAUGUCAUGAAAAAACCAAGAUGCGGGGUCCCUGAUGUGGGUGAAUACAAUGUUUUCCCUCGAACUCUCAAGUGGUCCAACAUGAAUCUAACCUACAGAAUUGUGAAUUAUACUCCAGAUAUGACUCAUUCAGAAGUAGAAAAGUCCUUCAAAAAAGCCUUCAAAGUGUGGUCCGAUGUCACCCCUUUGAAUUUCACCAGAAUCCACGACGGCACAGCUGAUAUCAUGAUCUCUUUUGGAACUAAAGAACACGGCGACUUCUACCCAUUUGAUGGGCCCUCUGGUCUGCUGGCUCACGCUUUUCCUCCUGGACCAAAUUAUGGAGGAGAUGCCCAUUUUGAUGAUGACGAAACCUGGACAAGUAGUUCCAAAGGCUACAACCUGUUCCUGGUUGCUGCCCAUGAGUUUGGCCACUCCUUAGGGCUGGACCACUCCAAGGACCCCGGGGCACUUAUGUUCCCCAUCUACACCUAUACUGGCAAGAACCACUUCAUGCUCCCCGAGGACGAUGUGCAAGGCAUCCAGUCUCUCUACGGCCCAGGUGAUGAAGACCCCAACCCUAAACACCCCAAAACACCUGACAAGUGUGACCCUGCCUUGUCCCUUGAUGCCAUCACCAGUCUCCGAGGAGAGACAAUGAUCUUCAAAGACAGAUUCUUCUGGCGUCUACACCCUCAGCAGGUUGACGCAGAGCUGUUUUUGACAAAAUCAUUUUGGCCAGAACUUCCUAACCGUGUCGAUGCUGCAUAUGAGCAUCCCUCACGUGACCUUAUCUUCAUCUUUAGAGGUAGAAAAUUUUGGGCUCUUAAUGGUUAUGACAUUCUGGAAGGCUAUCCCCAAAAAAUAUCAGAACUUGGAUUUCCAAAAGAGGUUAAGAAGAUAAGUGCUGCAGUUCAUUUUGAGGAUACAGGCAAAACUCUCUUUUUCUCUGGAAACCAGGUCUGGAGUUAUGAUGACAUUAAUCAUAUUAUGGAUAAAGACUAUCCCAGAUUGAUAGAAGAAGAGUUCCCAGGAAUUGGUGAUAAAGUAGAUGCUGUUUAUGAGAAAAACGGUUAUAUCUAUUUUUUCAAUGGACCCAUACAGUUUGAAUACAGCAUCUGGAGUAACCGUGUGGUCCGUGUCAUGCCAACAAAUUCCCUACUGUGGUGUUAAGUGUCUUUUAAAAAUUAUUUAAACUCUGGAGAACA